AUGUUUGCAUUUGUUCUUUUUGCCUUGAGAUGUUUGUGCACAGAGCAUUUAUUUAUGCAAGAGUCGUCGUUGCUAACUCCUUAUGUGGAUGGAGUUGGUAAUUUUGCAAAUUGGAAUGCAUUUGGAGAGUCUGUGGUUAAAAUAUAUGGUAAGAACACAUUUGUGCAGUUGGGGUUUUCAUCGCCAGAUAGCUCUGGGGCGAUAGUGUCUUCACAGCCAAUAAAGCACGAUCGGUUCUGUAUUGAUUUCGUUAUAGAAAUCGCAAACGAAGAGAAUAAUGGCAAUGAUGGAGAAGAGGGAAUGUCGAUCUGGAUGUCUGGGGAUAAUGCGUUUGAGGAGGGGGCUUGCUAUGGCCGGUCAUGCAGCUUUAACGGUAUUCUUAUUGCAAUCAAGCCAUCUGGUAAGUCGUACAUUGGUGUGAAGGCCGGGGAUGUAUAUGCAAACACACAGAAUGCAGACAAGUCAUUUGAUAAAGUUAUCUACAGAGAUUUUGUGCCGGGCGAUGCUUUUGUCGUGCGUAUUGAACAAGAUGAUCAGCUUAUAGUGUAUAUAGGAGAAUCGAAUAACCUUGUGCCAGUGCAUAGCUACAAAGCAUUUGCAAGCAAAAAAGACAACUUUAUCGGUGUUUCUGCUUAUACAGGCAAGUAUUCUCCAUCCAUGAGAAUCAUUAGUAUUGAAUCGUAUAAGCUGAAGAAUUUCAAACGCUUGAUAAGAGAUGAAUCUCAAAGAGGAGGCAGCCUUGUGUGGAUUCUUUUUUUCGUAGUGAUAUGUGUAACGGGAUACUAUCUUUACUCCAUCCAAAUUAAAAAGAAGUAG